GGAUCUUCUCAUUGGUGAUGCUGCUAUUGAAAAUUCUCUCCUGUGGACUAUCGUAAGUUUUGCGUUUGGAGAUCGUUGCAUGUUUGCGGAAAGCAUCAUAUUUAUUUAUUCGGCAAAUCAGUGCAAUUAGUAUGAAGACAAUUAAGAUCUACGGUUCAAAACAUUUCUUAUAGAAGCAACGCAACUUCGAGAUUGGUUGCACCCUUCCCCCUUACGUUGUAAUUAUGUGGUACGCAAUACAUGGUGCAUCUUCCAACAUGAGCUCAUGUUAAGUAACUAUCAGUGUACUUCACAUUUGAAAAGAUGCCAGAUUAACUAUCUCUCCUCCACCAAGCUUUCUCAAUAUAUAGAAUGACUUGACUAAUGAGAGAUUACAUUUAAGUAUAAAAACACCAACACUGCAUUAAUUAUCAUAAUUAUCAUACAUUAAUUAUCAUAUUAUCAUCUUUGUACGAAAACUAACCUUACUUUAUUUAUACUGGAUAGCUCUAUCAGUUCCAGUAAGGAUCAUCUCUUGUUGAUCCAGUGUUACUACAGGAGGAAACCUAAACUAAACUUUAUUUACAGUAUACAUACUGGGUAGCUCCAUCAGUUAAAUUGUUCUCCCUAGAAGUCCAGUAAGGAUCGUCUCUUAUUGAUCCAUUGUUACUAUUUUCUUCCACAUCAGGGUUCUAUUAAACUGAGCUUCGCCGGAAGUCCCGCUGAAGACAAACAGCAAGAAAAAGGAGGUCAAUUCAAGCGCAAACCAGAAAUCGAGGUAAAGUCCUUGCUAUCCAGCAAUGUGAAUUGGUUGCCAGCAUGUAUAAACAUACAUGUGUUAGCUAAUAUCUGUAAAUACCUUCUGACUAUCGCAUCUUAUAAUAUGAGCUCGUGUUAGGUGAACUAUCAAUUUACUUAACAUUCAAAAGAUGCCAGAUUAAUUAUCACUCCUCCACCAAGCUUUCUCAAUAUAUAGAAUGACUUGACUAAUGAGAGAUUACAAUAAAAUAAAUUAUGUAUUGUAUUGUAUUGUAUUGUAUUGUAUUGUAUUGUGCCCUAAACUUAAUUAUCACUUAUUUACUGAGACCGAGGGAAACAGUGUGUUUUGUGCGGCGGUCUCGGGGCCACAAAACACGCUGUUUUCCAGAGGACUCAAUAGGAUUCAGUGUUUUAUCACAUAGCAAGUGUCAAAGUCUCAAUAAUUCUCCUGGUAUUCCGAAACUGUAAUAAAACCAACCGGCUGACAUGCUGAAACUCUUGAAAGAACUUUGCUUUGAACUUGCUCGUUGACGCGAGCAGCUCGCACCCCAUUUCUGGUUUUAUUAUUGAACGGUCAAUAAUUGUUUCAUUGUUGACGGGUUGCCCCCUCUCCAAAAUAUUUUACUAAUUCAAUGUUACUGCUGCUUCUAGCAUAUGUUCCGCCAACCUGAGAAGCGACCUCCAAAGACUGUAUCCACUGCCUUUACUAUUCUUGCUUUGUUGCCGCUUCUCAUUCUCUUUGUUGCAGUAAGUAAACUAACUUUAUUUACAGUAUAUUGGAUAGCUCUAUCAGGUCGAAACUGUUCUUCCUAAUCUCCUAGAGGUCCAGUAAGGAUCAUCUCUUAUUGAUCCAGUGUUACUACAGGAGGAAACCUAAACUAAACUAACUUCAUUUAUACUUGAUUGUUCUAUCAGUUCUAAACUGUUCUCCCUAGAGGUCCAGUAAGUGUCAUCUCUUAUUGAUCAAGUGUUACUACAGGAGGAAACCUAAACUAAACUAACGUUAUUUAUACUGGAUAGCUCUAUCAGUUCUAAACUGUUCUCCCUAGAGGUCCAGUAAGGAUCAUCUCUUAUUGACCCAGUGUUACUACAGGAGAAAACCUAAACUAAACUAACUUUAUUUAUACUGGAUAACUCUAUCACUAUCAGUUCUAAACUGUUCUUCCUAGAGGUCCAGUAAGGGUCCAGUGUUACUAAAGGAGGAAACCUGAACUAAACUAUUAAUACUGGAAAGCUCUAUACUGACAUCUAAACUGUCUUCAUGGUGCAUUUAAAAUAAAUUUGAACCUGUUGUAAAUGUGAUUAUUUCGUAUUCUUCUAGUGGCUGAAGCUUGGUGUUAACUUAUCCAAUUUCCAAUUCUCUAUUCCCGCCAUUGUUUUCCAUGUGGGCCUGGGAGGUAUGUUUAUACAAUCUAUCUUUCUCGCUGUGCCCCCUAUUCUUAGCCAGCUUAAGGGCCGUUUACACUUGCAAUGUUUGCUGCGAUUUCUAGCACGAUUUUCUUCUGAUGAAUGUGAACAAGUAGAUGAGUUAUGAAUAUCUUGAGUACAGUAUAUGUUCCCUCUCUGGACAUUCAUAAUCGUUUACAUCCCAUCAGAAGAAGAAUUUCAAGAAAAUCGCAGCAAAAAUUGCAAGUAUAAAGUACUAUUUAAAACAUGAGCAACAGUGUUUUAUCAGGUACAAAGAUACGAGGCGAAGCCGAGUAUCUUUAGAUCUGACAAAACACGCACUGCGAAUGUUUUAAAUAGUACUUCAUAUCGAAGGAACUAGAUUCUGUUCCGAAAUAUCACUUACUCGAACCGUCCUGACCGCGUAGCUCAGUUGGAAGAGCAUUGGGCUAGUAUUCCAAAGGUCGUAGGUUCGAAUCCCACCGUGGCCGGGCAUAUUUUUCAAGCUCGCCCGGUGUGGAUAUACACUCAGAGUAACACCACAAAUAUCAUAUUCACCUGAGUACACUACACCAACACAGAAAAAAUUCAUAGUACUUCAUACUUGCAAUUUUUUACGCUUAUGAUUUUUCUUUGUGUUUUCCUCAUGAAUUAUUAAUGAGUUUUUGAACGUACCUUCAGAUGGGGUGUUUGGUAGAGUCGGCCACUUUUUCAGCGGCCUGGCCUGAUAAAAAGGGAAGGUUGAGAUCAUAGAGGUUGAGACGCUGAGUGAAAAAUUUCUUUUUAUCGAGUAAGUAGCCCAGCCUAAUCAGGCCAGGCUGUCAAAAAAUCCUAAUUCAUUAGAAUUAGAGUGCUUCCAGUUUGACUCUACCAAACACCCUAUCUAAGCUAGCUAAGAAUUGGGGGCACAGUGGUUAGUGACGAAAGUUUCAUUUCACACUCUAUUUAAAUCUCAAAUACCGAUCUAUUUAUUACGGUGCACUAUUUCGUACGCAUGCGCAGUCGAAAUUAUGGGAUUCUUUAUAAUUGAUCAACAAAACAGCCGUGUAUGGCAUGACGCCUGGAUACCUUUCUUUUCCAAUCAAAAAACUUAAAUUACGAGGAGGUGGUAUUGUCGAUAUGAUCAUAUGACAAACGCGGCUUUUUUAAAAUUUUUCUGCCAUUCUUUCCCAUUGGCUGUCAAAUAGAAACUUUAAUUAAAUUCUUAAAAUAUACCUUUUGUUGGAAGCGACAUUAGGGGCGAACCAUUGUUAGAAACGUGAUGUGAUGGGGAGGGUAGUUCGUUCAAAAAGGAAGAGCAAAGAGAAAUACCUUUAAAAUUCCAGCACAAGCAGAUGUACCAAAAAAAAUUGGUGCAAGCUGAAAAAAAUCGGUCCGUCCCUAAAUCACUGUGAGUGGUCCGUCCCUAAUCAAUCAAUCGAUAUUGAUCGAUUGUUAAUAACGAUAAAUUGAUUACGGAUAUGAAUCGAUUGGAGCAGUUUACUGAGCUUAGGAAGAUGUUUCUGUUAUAACCAAAUAGUUGUUCUGUUCUUUGUAGGAAUAUUUCUUCUCAUGUACGCCUUCUGGACGUGUUUGGUAAGAUACACCAUAGAUGACACAAAAUUAACCAUGACCAACUGUCUGUGGUAUGAUUGGUGAUAUAAUAUGUUGUUCUUCUCUUUUCAGAAUAUGUUUAGCACUUUGAAGCUGUUAGGUUUGGUCGGAUCAGUAACGUUCCUCGCUGGGAACUCGCUACUCGCUAGUUUAGCCGCUCAGAGGUAAGACUUUAUAUUUUGUUAAAACACAUGUAUGACACAAUAGGUUUUAUGUUCAAUCUAAUAGUUUUCAUUUAUUGUUUUUUAGAACAAAGAAUUAGGUAUUUGCAAUGAAAUUGAGAAGGUUUGAUCAAGUUGUUAUGGUAGCACAACCCAGUAGCCAAGAUCCGCUGUCUUUAUGAAGACCGCCAGCAUGAACGAUUUUAGUAAAUUAAAUUGAAAUAAAACACAUUUGUAGUUCUUGAGAGGA